AUGGCUUCCGGAGAAGGACAAAAGGUCACCACCGACCCCCAAACCCUCGCAGACCCAAAGACCGAAAACCCAGGCCUCGUCACCUCCGACUCCCUCGCCGCCGAGUCCGUCAACGAAGGCGGCUCCUUCGCCGCAACAAGCGACUCGCGCGGCCCCAUGGCCCAGCCCUCCUACUCCAGCAACGCCGCCACAACCGACGUCUCCAACGCGCGAAUCCUCGACUCCGCGCCCGACGCCGAAGCCCGGCAAGCGAGCGAAGCAUGGAACGAGGCGGCCAUCCUGAACGCCAACAUCGACGGCAAGCGCGACAAGGAUCUCGGCAUUGGGCCGACGUGGAACACGCCUGGCCCGAAGACGGUGAAUCCGGAUCAGCGCGAGGCGAGAUAUGGAACGGGCAAUGCGGCGCCUGCGCCGGGAUAUGUGGCGUACUCGUCGCAGGUGAGCGAUGGAGAUGGCGCGCCCAAACAGGUGCCUAAGGGCGAGGGGUUGACGGAGGGGGGAUUCAAUUCUGAGGCGCCGAAUGCGAGCUACAAUACCAAUAUUGGAGGCGGGAAUGAUCCGGGGAGACGUGCGUUGGGGGAGAUUGAGGAGCAGAAUGCAGGUGGCUCGGGCCCGCGAGAGGGGCAGAUUAGCGGGAUGAAGCAGUUUGGAGAUCUCGAUGAGACGAGUGCGUAG